UGUUUGUUGAUGCUACACCAAACUGUAUUCAAAAUUCGAAACUUGUCUUCACAACCUAUCUGUUGUCAUAAACUAAAUUCGUUGUUCUAAGUUUUUCUGUAAUUUUUUAAUGGCAAGUAUAGAUUCCUCUAAAGAUGAAGCCUUGUUUGAAGAAUUAUUUAAAGAUCGAUUUACAGAAAAAGAUGUUGCAUAUUGUGAAUUAAAAUCCAAACCUCUAUCUGCACCAACGGUAGUUUACCCAUGGAAAUUAAAAAAGCAGUGGUAUAAAUCAUGGGAUUACUCUAGAGAUAGACAUAAUAAGGACAGAAAUAGGUCAAGGUAUGAUCGAGAUAAUUAUUCAAAUCACGCUAGAGAUCGUUCCCAGGAUGCCGAAAGUAGUCAGUACCGAGAUAGACAUAGAGAUGGCCGAGAUUCUUACCGUCAGAGACAUGAUGAUAGAGCAUGGAAUAGAGAUGAAGAGAGAGACAAUAGGAGAGGCUAUCAUAGAGAGCGUGAUUAGAUUUUAUUCAUGCAUUAUUGAUUUACAUUUUUUAUAUAAACAUUUGUCAGUUUUUUUUUAUACAUAUAUAAUGUAACUAUUACGUAAUGAUGUUAUAUUUGGAGAAAUUCUCAUAUUCGUUAAAAAUAGCAUGUUUCAUUAUAAAAUGAAAGCAAAUAAAACAUUCCUACAUUUA